UGUCAUGUGUUCCUUGGAACAGACAGCUGAUUUCAAAGUGGUUCCAAAAUCGGACCGUGUGUUUAGCCAGGAUCAGAACACAGACGAUCAUUUAUCUAUAAUAAAAACAAUCCAGCAAGAUUCAAAAGAUGAUCGAGCGAUGAUCGAAAAGACAGCUAGCUAUCCGGACGAGUCGCCAUGGUCCAAGAAUAUGAUGAACAUCCUGCGCACAGAAUUAAACAACUUUUACAGCACACAAGGAUCGUCGGAGAAAGACUGCCGACCGUUUCUUGUGGAUGGUGUACGUGUAGGAACAAUUCCUCCAUUUGUCUUACCACAUCUAAGCAGUCAUCCUGAUGUUUUCAAUCUUAUCAAGAAACAAGAUGGGACAGUUGAUCACGUGACAUUGGCUACAGAACUAAAAACGUUUGAAGAUAGAUCAAAACKCAUUGCAGAAGUCAUGCAACAAUUUAGAAAGAAUGAUGUAUUCGUGGCUUUGAGAGGUUGGAGAAACGAGUGUUUUGGUGUAUCGCAAACAUUCUACCAGACAAAAGUUUUCAAGAUAGAGCGAGCAGCAGCAUGUUUGUUUGGUGUUACGCAAUAUGGUGUUCAUGUCAACGGCUAUUUUCGAUCCAAGGCAAAUGGGCAAUUGUACAUGUGGAUUGCUAGAAGAAGUCCAAACAAACCAACGGGACCAGGAAAACUAGACCAAAUAGUCGCGGGUGGUAUAACAUGGCGAUCAAGCAUUACUGAAACGUUACUAAAAGAGUGUAAAGAAGAAGCAUUCAUUCCAGAAGAUCUAGCACAAACUGCAGUUCCUGCUGGGGYGGUCAGUUUCAUAUUUGAGAACAAGAAAGGAAUAUUUCCUGGAGUGCAAUUCGUUUUUGAUCUGCAUCUYCCGGAAGACUUCAAGCCUCAUGCAAAUGACGGUGAAGUGAGUGAUUUCUACUGCUGGCCUAUUGAUACGGUCAAAGAAAAAAUAGCAACAAAUGAGUUCAAACCCAAUUGCGCGUUGGUUGUGCUCGAYUUCUUGAUUCGUCAUGGUGAAAUCAGUCCUCAAUCAGAAGCCAACUAUCUUGACUUUAUCGUCUGGUCACACAAACUACCUUAUUAGCAUGAUAGAACAGCGAAUAAACGUACGACAUUCUUUGGAAGGGUUUACUUGGGAACAUUCUCGGGAAUUGACAGAAGUAUCGAAGCAGCUUAUUAUUCAAGGAAUAGGAAAACCGGUCUCCGAUGGUCGUUGGCAUUUCUAUAUGUGUAAAAUAAUGAAUGCUUAUGCUGAGUAUACUGGUUUGAGUUCUGUAMAUCCCACGGCGUGCUGCACAUCAGUGUCACACGAUGGCCCACACGAUGGCCUKAAGACAUACAUUAAAUUCUUGCUUGUUAGUGUAUAUACGAUUCAAUGUUACAAGAAAUCUUUUUCAGUACUAAUGAGUGUAAGUAGAAAAAUGCAUGAAUUAAGGCUUUCUCUGUGGUUCCUCUUUACGUUUCCACUCGGCCCUAUUCAUGAACAUUCGUGCGAUGCCAACGAGCGAACCAAAAACUAAAGGUGAAAAACGUCGUGUUGAGAUGAACASUUUCAUAUGGAAGUAGUGAGUGUGCACUGACAUCGGGGAAUACUUUUAGGGUGUUAUUGSUGCUCUUGCGUUUAGACUGAGGGAAACACAUUACUCCAUUUUACGAAUAACUUUCGCAAUUGUAAAUACGAUUAAUCUCAAAAUUGUAUAAAAUGAUUAUGUUCUUUUUUUUUAAUGGAGACAUUAAUAAAUAUAUAACAAAAUAAAUUAGUCUUAAAUUUAUCUUUUAAUGGUGCACUUAUUCCGUGAAACAACAGCAUA